AUGUCGAACGCCAAGUACACGGCUGCUCCCACGCAGGACCCCGAUGAGGAGUAUGCCCAGGCCCCGCCGUCCUACCAAGCCGCCGACGCCGGUUCCUCGAGCAGCUCCGCACCCUUGUUCUCCGGCCCGCGAUCGAGCGAGGACAACAUCCCCGAUGACUUCAAGGUAAGAGAGCAACCUGGCUCCUCACACCCAUCCACCUCCCCCCUUUACAUUCUUCUCAUGUCCGCUAACCACGACGAUGCGCCCCAAAAACAGUUUGGCGGGUCCGUAGCGGAAGCCACCAUCGACAUCCGCAACCAAUUCGUGCGCAAGGUCUACGCCAUCCUCUCGGUCCAGCUCAUCGCUACCACGGCCCUGUCUUCGGUCUCCUUCUUCUCCACGGGCUACAAGCAGUGGAUCCAGUCCAACCCGACCCUCCUCUGGAUCUCCCUCCUCGGCUCCAUGGUCUUCAUGGGCCUGACCUACUGGAAGCGCAAGUCGUACCCCACCAACCUCGCCUUCCUCGCCGUCUUCACGGCCCUGGAAGCCUACACCAUCUCCUUCAUCGUGUCCUUUUACGACGUCUCCAUCGUCCUCAACGCCCUCAUCAUCACCGCCGGAAUCUUCGUCUUCCUCACCGCCUUCGCCUGCCAGACCAAGUACGACUUCACUUCGUGGAUACCUUAUGCCUGUGGCGCUCUCUGGGCCCUCGUCAUGUUUAGCUUCGUCUACCUGUUCCUGCCCCAGUCCAAGACCACCGACCUCUUCCUCGGCUUCGGUGCCGCCCUCCUCUUCAGCGUUUACAUCCUCAUCGACACUCAGCUCAUCAUGCGGAAGCUCAACGUCGAGGAGGAGAUCGCCGCCGCCAUCAGCCUCUACCUCGACAUCAUCAACCUCUUCCUCGCCAUCCUCCGUAUCCUCAACAACCAGAACAACUAA